AUCACCAGGACUCAUCGUCUUUCACAUCUUCACUUGAAGUUCCCGACCUCUUGCAGCUUGACGUUUCUUUGUCAUCAUCCUUCAGACUUUUGUAUCAGAACAUCAGCGAGUCUACUCGAUCGAGACGCUCAUCACUACGUCAAGUUUGUUUGACAUAUUAAUUCUGUGAACCACUGCGCUCUGCUUUGUUUUACAGGCCGCUAAAAUGACGUCGACCAUGAGAUCAGCUGUCGCCAAGGUUUUGAUGGCAGCCGUGGCUGUCUCCAGCGUUGGAGUAGCUCUGGCGCAUGAGGCCCAUGAACACGCCCCAGCACCAGCACCGUUGGCGACAUCGGCAGCAUCAGGCCUGUUGCCAGGAACGAUGGUGGCCAGCUUGAUCGCAGUCAUCCUGGGGUCCGUGGCAGCUCGAUGGUUUUGAUCGCUUUGAAUGGGAUCUCAGAGAUCGCACUUCCAAAUCAAUCAUCUGUGCGUUGCUGCAGGGCUCCUCGGCACAACAGGGGUUUGCAGUCGUUCUAAGGAUGUCAUUGACAUUAACAGAUUCUUGUCUGAGGUUUGACCAUCAAACUCAGCAGAAUUGAUCUUAACUGAAGGAUUUUUAGGUCGAACAAAGAGGGGGGAAAUGAGCGGGAGGUGGCAUUGUGACCAAGUAAUGAGCAAUGAAUACUAGAUUAUAGUGAUGUGGAAACCAGGAAGUACGAUUACAAUGACAAUAGUAUCAACGAGAGAUCAUGACACUGGAUGUGUAUUAGAAGAAAGUCACAACCCAAUUUAGUGAAGAGCUUUGCUGCGUUGCUGCUUUGCUUUCAUGUAACCAAUUGUGAUUUGAGUUUUGAUUUAUCAAUAAAUUCUCAUCAGCAUGGGAAGUUUUGACAACAC